AUGAUCGAUGAAUUGGAGCCGAAGAGGAUAAAAUUUGAUGAAUCGAUAUCACUAGACGUUUGGAAGGAAAUCUUUAUUCGAUGUGACGAAAAAUCAUUGAUUCGACUGAAAAUGGUUUAUCGCCAAUUCAACUCGAUUAUCGACAACAAAUUUUGGAGUAAGAAAUGUGAACGAGAGCGGAUCACUCUUCCACCCGAGCAUCUCGUCAAAUUUGCUCGGAAAAAGGUUUGUCAGAUACUGGCCAUGAAUUUCGAUUAUCAACAUCUUUACCACUAUGCCACAAAAAAUAGCACUGAUCCGUAUGGAGAAAAUCUUUUUGCGCACCUCAAAAUCAAAGAAGAGGACAUGUUGGAUGAUUGGUCGGAUGAAAAAUACGAGAUUGACGGCUCUUGGUACAACUACGAGAUUUGGGGUUGUAAGUACGAGACACCACCGGAGGGCUGUAGAGCCACAGAAAGCUCUCCAUCAAAAUGUCUGGCUUUUUAUGGGAAAAGUGGGGCACGCACGAUCACAAUCAAUUUGAAAGAAGCCGGUGUUGAGGAUUGGGUGAUGGAUUAUAUUCGACCUCAAAUUUUCCUUGAAGAAAAGAUCGCCCCGAGGUCUGAUUACCCGGCUGGAUAUUCGUCAAUGAUUAUGAUGUGCCGAGAAAACGAGUUUUGGUACGAUUUAGAUGAUCUUGGAACACGUGGCACCGAGAUUCAACAACAAAUGGAGCAAAAUGCCCCUUGGAUGGAUUUCGUUCAUCGACUAGAGAAAUACCCGGCAAUAAUGAGGACAUUAACCAUCAGAACGGAGGGAAUGGAAAGGAAUUCUCGUGAGCACUAUUACGGAAUCAAAGCCGCGAACACAGUGAUUCAUCUCGAUUUUCCCGAAGAACUUCAUUGGUAUAAGCCAGAUGAGAUAGAGGAUAGCUUCCACCCA